AUAUGAGAGGAGAAGGGAGACGUGGUGAGGCGGGGGGAGAGUGUAACAGUUUGAUUUUAUAUCCUCUGCUAGUCAGGUAAUAGCUCUCCAAGUUAUUUUUAUAGGUCAUUCUAUCUAGUGGUAACCUACAGUAUAAAGCCAUCUCCCAGCUUCCCAAUAGUGCUGUCUGUUUUCUCACUUUCUAAUAAUUACUUCAGAUCUGAGAGUAAAGCCUUGUCACACUGAAUAUGAAUCAGAGCCAGCUUCAGGGUGCUGUGUGGAUUGUCUGGGUCUGGCUUUUUGUCCAUCUAAGGCAGAGAAACAGGAUCAUCUGUGGAUGCAUCUCUCUGUGGGCUGUGUAGACAUACUAGGAACACAAACAUGACUUCUAACAUGAUCUUCCUGAUGCUCUAUUGGUGCAGUAGCUGAGCUGUUGUUAAAAUAAAAAUGUGCAGAUAUUUGGGGCCUAUUCCCAGCUCACAUCCUUGACCACAUAAGUGAUGCAAAGAGUAAAUACUUUUAAAUAUUUAUUUAGAAAGUUGUCAUCCUGAGACUGGCUGUUCAUUUGUUCAGAGGUCACCAGAGACAAAGAGAGACGAGAGAGACAGACAGACCCCUAUCCUUCUGCCUUCCUACUAGAGGAAUAAAAGGCAGUGGGAAACACUCCAGCUCACGUCAUAGAGAACAUUCGUGACAGGGUGACUUCUAUUUCAUUCAAGUUAUUUGGUGAAGUUUGACAUAACUAACAGUGUGUAACUUGCUAUCAUUUAAGGAGUCCUUUUAUGUGGUAGCAGGAUAUUUGUAUCCUCCAAGGACACCAAGGUGGGUGUGCAUGUGUGUGCUGUAUAAAAAGUUAUUGAGCCUCAAGCCAUCUUCCCUCCUGGGAUCUCUCUGCACCAGGAUGAAAUGGCCUUGGACCAUGGCCAACUAGGCAAGAGAAUGAUGACCUGCUCUUUAAAAGCUUUAUAGAUAAUAGGUCGAGCAGUUUCUGGUUUGCCUCUUCAGCCACGUACCUUCCCACAACUCUCUCAAGAGAGCAGGGAUGGUUUGGGGUCGAGGCAUGGAAUCUAAGAAAUAAUGCCAGGGAGUUUGACUAUGUUCUUCUACUAAACAUGUACUUGAUUGUUUAGUUCAUGUCUUAAUGUACAGAAUAGCCAAUAGACUUUAAGUAUGAGACAUUAAUAAUUUAUAAUUCAUUUUCUUUGGGAAUGAUUCAUGGAUUACUUCAAACCCAAAUGAUAUCCAUUGUUUGAUAGCUAGGUGUCAUAUUCAUAAGUAUAAAACAAGGUAGAGGUAGCCCAUUAAAAAAUUUAGGUUCAUUUUCUCUGCCUCUUUAUUUUGUCUUCCAUUAGGAGAUGUGGUGCUCUGAAUUGUUCUUGAUGUUUGUCUUAUCUUGUGAACAAAAAUCUCCCCAAAGUCCUAACAGUGUCUUCUCCGGAACCUAGCAAUGUGUCAGGUAGAUCCAUCCAUGUGUUAUAUGAUCUAUUUGUAUGUUUUAUGGAUGGACUCCCAGUUGAGUUCACUGACUUUUUUUAAGGAGAAAAUGAAUCAAUAUUGAAACUGUUUUGUCAAAUAUCAUGCAUUUAUAUAGUAGGUGUCUUCUCCAAGAGGAGCAAUGAUAGUAUAUCAAACAUCUCAUGAAAUCCUUAUGCAUUCUUAUCUGAGAAUUCUUAUGUUAAAACAGAGAUUUCAUGAGUGCCCAAUCUUUUGGUAGGGAGCACUGUUUCCAAGCUCUGUCCCUGAUAAUUAUUUCAGAAUGAAGUCAACUUCACCUGAUGUCCAUCUUUUUUUUUUAACUGAGAUAUCAAUAGUUGCCUAUGAUGAUGUGACCACUACUAUUACCAACCAUGCCUUCAAAAAUCUCCUCUAGAAAUUAUUUCAAGGUCAUGGGACAUAAUUCAUUUUGAUCAAUCUGACCCCCUUGAACAAAUUCAGGGGGGCUAUAUGAUCUCAGGAAAUCUCCAUGUGUCUUGGGCUUCAAGUAUUUUUUUAAGUGUGCUCAUCUGAUACUUUUAAAACUCCAGGCAUUCCUUUGGUGAGAAAUACAGAAGCACAAAUAUAAAUGAGGCGGUUCAGCCUUCUCCAUGACAUCGAUUAUUAACAUUACUAAGUCUUCACUGAGCAAUGUCUUUGUUCUGUCUGAUGCGUUGUAUUGAUAGUAUUUUCCACAAAAUCCACCUCAGUCUGAUAUUUAGCCACUCAGUACUGUUUCGUCCCCCCCUUUUUCUUCAGCUUUAGUUUUGCUCUCUUUUCAUUGACUUCUUAUUAGCAACAAGUCACUCAAGAUGAGAUGAAGCAUUAAGAUUUAAGUGGCUGUAUACUAGAGAAUGUAUUUGGGGCUUAUGAAACGGAUGGUAAGUAUUUUAGAGAAAGUUAACAAAAGACAAAAGCAUCAUCACGGAGUGUAGGUGUAGCUCAGUGGUAACCCACUGGCCUAGCAUUUGCAGAGCUCUGAGUAUCUUCAGCCUUGCAACAAGGGAGAGAAAAGUUGAAGCACCUGUUAGGCUGCUUCAUGUAUUUAUUUAUUCACUCAUACAUUCAUUUAGUUGUUUAAUAAAUGCUUAUUUAAAGACUGUAUUAUGCAAAAUGCAAACCACUUAAUAGUAGAUACACAUUGACAAACAGGGUUUCUGCUUUCCAGAAAUGAACAGUCUGCUGGAGGAAUCUGGAUGCCUCGCCAGACUAAGAGGAGACAGAGAUAGGAACUACAGACAAGAUAUAGUAAAAUGGGGUAGGAUGUGGAAGGGUCAGUAUGGCUGGAAGGAUUUAAAAUAAGUUUAAGGUGUUCAAGCUAAGUUGGAGAUCUCUAUAGAAAACAUAUCUCUAUUUUUGAAAAAGUUUGUUAAGAGGACUAAAACUAUAGCUGACACUUAAGAAUAUUUGUCAUGUGCCAGGCACAACUCUAAGUACUGCUUGUGCGUUUUCUCAUUAGAUCCCUACAACCUUACGAAGUACAUAUUAUUCUUGUAAUUUAUAGAUUGCUCUGUUCUGUGCUCCAUAGUUAUAAUGGAAGCUUUCCUAAAGGCCUUAGGGAUAAAGGACACAAAAGAAAGUAGGGGAAUAAUCAGUGUUAAUUAUUGGCCCAGUGAAGUCUAAUUUAGGCUUUUGAGGAGGGAGUCAUUUUAUGUGAAUUCAGGCUAAAUAGUGGGGCCCUUCUAAGAAAAUUAAGUUGUAUUUCAAGUGUUCAUAGAUGUGUAAAUUCUUAAAUGAGUUUUUUCAAUUCCUAAGAUCACUUUUAAUUAAUUGACCAUCUUUUUAUUUUAUUUAACCUCUUGGUUUUUUUUUUUUUUUCAAAAUUAUCCUAUCUGUUGGAGAAACCAAGGUGCAAAGUAAUUUGCCAGAGGGCACAGUUGGGGCCAUAGCAAGAGAAAUGGAUACCUGAGAACUGUUGCAGAAAUAAAAUGAGGUGAUGUUCUGCCCCUAGUGCAAGGCUUGAGCUGUAGAAUAGUCAGCUCUCAGUAGCGUCAGAGAAUCCUUAGUGCCAGGACCAGCCUCAGUUACAAAAACCCGAAGAAUACUCAGGUCCCUUAAAUAAAAUGGCAUAGUAUUUGCAUAUCACUUGUACACAUCAUUCUGUGUAGAUGAGCACAAAUAUCAUACUGAAAUGAGUUAGUUUUAAUGGUGACUCAAAGGCAUCACAGCCUCAGCCUCUCAAAGCUGGGCUUAUUGAAUGCCACACACCCACUUCAUUCAUGCAGAUUCAGUGUAGUACGUGGAAUACAGCAGAUGCAUCAUAGUUUGGAGGAACAUAAUCCCCAGCUGUUUGAAUCUAUGAAUGUAGAACCUAUUGAUACAGAAGGACUUCCUGUAUACACUCAGCUAAUUAUCACUAAUGUUCAUUCUAGAAGGCAACUUUCGUUCCACCGUGCUACACACAAACCCACAGAUCCUUAGCUGUACAGUUGUACUAAUUUUUAGGAACAAAACCAGGUGUGGUGAACCACAUCUGUAAUCCCAGCACUCUGGGAAUCUGAGGCAGAAGGAUCACAAUGUCAAGGCCAUCCUGGACAGUUUGACAAAUUAGCAAGAUCCUUUCUCCAAAAUUUAAAAGGGGCCAGUGGGAAGGUCCUGAAUUCAAUUCCCAGUACUACCAAAAUCAAAACCGGAAAGAUGAAAUUAAUUGGAAACACACAGUCUGCCUGUAUAUUAAGGAAAAGGCAGGAUGAAAGCCAUCUUUCUCUUUUGCAUGCUUCAAACUGCUUGUAUUUUCAGUAAGCCGCUGUCGGUUUAGGGAGGUGUUACUGUGUGUGUGUAUCUAGACUUAACACAGAGGCCCUGGUCGGGUGGUUCUGAGGGUUCUCCUGGGUUUGGCUUGUUGUGUUGGGUUGUGUGUGUACAUUUUUAAGCCAGUGCCUGCCUCCUAGGCUGCCGAAGCAGAGAGUACAAGUCUGAACUACGGAGAAACAGGUUUGAAUAAGUCUAGACAUUUGGUUAUCGUCUGUCUCACAUUCAUUUGUGUCGUAGGCGUUGCACUCUGGGGAUUAGUGUUUCAUUAUGCAGAUGCUGUUUUAUCUUUAGCUUCCUUAUAAUAGCUUGAAGUGAAUUCUGAGUGGAGAGAGCAGGAAGGCCAGGCCUUUGUCGCUGCAGGGAUUAUUCCAAAAUGGGUUGGAUGGUUUUCCUGGGGACCGGUAAGCAUUGUAACCUCAGUGUCUGGUUCACUUAGGUGAAAGCUGUCUCAUCUCCUCAAUUAGCACACAGGGUGCUGAGGAAUUAUCCAGGGUCCCCCAAACUGUGAGGAAUAGGGAAGCAUAGAAAUCCGUCCAUACCAAGCAUCUGAUCCUUCGUAUGAUAGCUAUAUGUGUGAGUUCUGUGCUGGGGAAAGGAAGGGCAUUUCCCAUACCUGUGAGUAUAUAAUCACUGCCUCUCCACUUUUUAAUUAGCUCCUGAAGCUAUAGAAAGAAAUUUGCUCCUUUCAGAUUAGGCAUAGCUUCUCCAAACAAUCAAUGUUUCAUUUUCAAAAUUCCAAGUGAAACAGAGUGUGUGUUUUUUUUAGCCCCCCUAACUUUCUGACUGUGAGAAUGUUUCAUUUUUAGAAACACAUUACAGAAAGGUUAGAUAACUUUGUUUGCCCAAAUAACCACCUCGCUCAUAUUCUUUUCUAACCUGGGUCCUUCCAAAGGGAGUUUUGGCUUCAGGCUGAGUUGAGUGGUUGUUAAAAAUCAGCGUCAUGGCAGGUAGGUGUCUUGUGGGUGAAAAAGCCCAGAUCAACACUGGGCUUAGAGGAAUCUUUUGAGGGAUGAGGCCUUGUCGAAGGUCCUUUGUGCCCAUGAAGAGGGCUGUGAUAUCCUGGUUGGUCUCCUGCUUCAUGAUAUAAAUGGUUUGUUCCACCCUGCACUCCCAGUAUGAUGUGCUACCCUCGCCAGAGACCCAAAGUAAAAAGGCCUCUUGAUCUUGGACUAAACUUCUGAACUAUGAGCUGAAACAAAACAAACUUUGUUUCCUUAUAAAUUAAUUGCCACGGGCAUUUCAUUAUAGUGACAGAAAAGGCCAGCUUUGCAGAUUCAGUCCCAGUAUGGGCUUGUCAGCCUUGGCCCUACUUCAUUCACACAUUCACUAUUGACUGAUACAUUCCCUCACCCAGUGAGUCACAUUCAUUCACCCAUUUGUAAACAUUUGUUACAUGCAACAUCACUGCUAGAUAGGCUUCUGGAAAGGAUUGGUUUUCCACAGUACAGACAUAAACUCACAAUCCCAGAGGCUGAAACACAGAUCAAGGCUUAUGUGAAAGCCCAAAUCUGUAACAGAGGAGGAGGAGUCUAGAGCUUUAGCAGACAAGCUUACGUUUGUACCUAAAAAUCCAUCCUUCAUUUUUGAAAGGUAGUGUAUGUGGUAAGCACAUGCACUGAAGAACUUGGCAGGCCUGGGUUUGAGUCGUGGACCCAUAACAUACUCACUCACACUGAGGAAGUGGGGUUUUUUUGAGCUUCCGUUUGCACUUCUGUGUGGUAGUCAUUUCUGCUCUGCAGAGUGGCAUGAGGAUUAAGCAGGCAAUGUAGUGAUUGCCACAUUAAAACAAAGUAUUCAGCAAAGGCUACUCCACUUCCUCUUCCUUCACAGGUAGGGUGACCUGGGCCAGAGGUCAGGGAGACCCUUCUUAUUGUGAAUAGACAGAAGCUUCAUUACCUAAUACUAGAAAAGCACAGGUCCUUCCUGCCCAUGUCCCCAGGGGCUGCACCUUUCUGCCAGAAGGUAUGGUUUUGUGCCUCUCAGCACCUGGUGGCAGGUACCUGAUGAUCUUCCAUCUCCCUGGAGGGAGGCUCUUGUCCUCUCCAAAGAAAUCUGCUGCACAGAGACAGCAGCACAGCACUACCUAGAGGAACAGACUCUCACCAGGCAGUCACUCUGGGGAUGCACAGUUCCACUGCUAAACUCAUGACCUUUAGGGAAUUUGGCAAUGUACUUCUCUGUGGGGGACAAAGAGACAAAUUCAAGAUUAAGUUUGUAUGUUAAAGGGCUUUUAUUUUGAUGCUAUUGAAUUGUGUUUGGAGAUUGCGUACCCUUCAGAUUUCUUAGGAUGUGGGUGAGGGAGAUCUAGAUUUCAUGAGCUCCUUGCAAGGUACUGAGGCUGUAACUUUGGGGCCUAUUUUCUCCCAUUGUCCUUGGGAGGCAGAGAGCCCUGCAAGAGAAACUGCUGAAAGAUUCAACCCAUUGUCAUGGGUAGAACUGUAUGGAUAUUUGAAUUUAGGUUAGCUGCUUGAUGGGUUUCUGUUUCAUUGCUUUGGUGUUUUGUUUUUUGGGAAAGAGAAUGUUUUAGGAUAAAUGGGAGAAGGGAAGGGAGUGUCUGUAGUCUGACUGAUGAGCUUCUGAGAUAAGGCCUCAGAGGUUACAGUGCAGUUGUAAGUAACCCUUUGGGAGAUAAGGACUCAUGGGAAGGUGCCUCAAAGCAAAGUAUUCAUCUUACUAGUCACUGGCUGUUAAAAUCUGGCUUACUUCAAACUAACUUGCUUACUUUUGAGCUUUAGGGUGCAAAUUACGGGUUGAACACUUGGGAACAUACAUAGCAAGGGAAGUCUUUUAGAAGGUUAUCUCUGCUGUGUCAGGUUGUCUUCCACAAUGCACAAUUCAGGGAAUCAACAUUUCGUUAAUCUGCUUACAGAUGAAUUUUAUGCAAUUUCAGGAUUCACCUCCAUGAUCCUCCCAUUUUUACAGCCAUAAUACAUUUCUCACACUUAGUGACGCAUUCAACUAGUAUUUCUUGAGUGUUUCCCCCAAGCAAGAUCCCUGGAGAUGAAGACGUGAAUCAGAACAUUGGUAUUAACCUCAAGAAGAGGCAAUCUGCAAGGAGCAAGGAGCUAUAAAAUGUGUAUGUGGACAGCUUAAAUAGAAGGAGAACAUUAGAGUCAGAUGUUACGAAUCAGAAAACUUUGUACAUUAGUGGAUAGAAAAAUCAGUUUCCUCUAAGGCAGUCUCAGAAAAAACAUCAGGACUUUGACUGAAAUUCACAUUCUUUCCUAUACACUGUGAGCUAGGUCAGUUAAGGGCAGUUUUAGUAUCUCUGAACUUCAUCAGUGAUCUGUAUCUCUGUUCUCAUUCCCUCCGAUCUGUUCAUAUUCCUCAGUAUCCUAAACCCUGUUGCAGCCUGCAAGAUUUUUGUUUUACCCUUUAAGAUAACUAGAAGAAUCUGGAACACAUCAGGUUAUGUUGCCACAAUCAUAGGCAAACGUUCUCUAGAUUUCAGCAAGAACCACGUCAUUAGUCAGGCAUGGUGGUACAUACUUGUAAUCCCAGCACUCAAGAGGCUAAGGCAGGAGGGUCAUGAGUUUGAGGCCAACUUGAACUAAACAGUGAGACACUAUUGCCAAAGCAAAAACAACAAAACCACAGGCGCAUCAAGGACUUUCACUAAAUACUGCCUAUAAAAUAUGUCUCAUUUUAGCAUAUAGUACUUAUUUAUGUUACACAUUAUUAAAUUUAAUUGAAUGUAAUUUGCUAUCAAUAAUGAAGUAAUAUGAUAUGAUAGCCAUACCCUAGCAUCAAUAAAAUAUGGAAAUUGGUUAUUUUUGAUUAUAUAUAUGAUGGCACUGUCUUGAAGAGCACCCCCUUCAGCUUUUUGUUUGGGAAGUAUUUUGCCUCUUUGGUAUUGGUCUUUCUCAUCCAAAAGAAGCUGAUAGGAGACUUGAUGUAACUUUUCUUUGCUCCCCUGAUGUUGUUUACAUGUGAUUCUAAUAGACAUGUACUUCACUAGAAAUUCAUAAUCUGAAGGAAACACCUGAUGAUGAAAAUGUUACAAAACAGAAUAAUUCAAUAACUCAUUGUUUCAUAUAUGUGGAUAAAUAAUAGGUCAGAAAACAGCUUGACACAGGUUUGGACAAAUCAUUGCUUGAACCAGUCGCUACAUAUUGCUACAUCAGAAAAGCCCAAGAUAGCCAGUGAAGAGAGAAAUCCAAUUGAGAGAAAUCCCAGUGCAAGCAUGGGAGGGGACUGCCCCUAUUCAGCAUAGUAAACAGAUACGUUUUUCAAAGGUCACUUCAGGAAAAAAAAAAAAAAUAAUAACAAAAACUAAAGUCACUGCAGGUUCCCCAGUUCCAUACAGGGCUGCUCAGCAUUUGCUCAGCGUUUUAAUUGUCUUGUGGAAACUGGUUCUGUAUCAUCAUCUAGAUUAUAAAUUCCUUGAGUGAUGAGACAUUACUUAUGGGCACAGUAGAGUGUCAGUAUUUCAGAAUUGCUGCUAAUGGGAGAAAGUAAGGUGGAAAGAUAUUUCAGCAGAAGGUAAGAGCCCCCAGAUCUUACACUAGGUGCCGCCUCUGUUCUCUUCAAAGUCUUCAUAUGCCUCAUUGUUUUCAAAGCCACAGAACGCGUGUGAGGAGGAGGAGGUGGAGCAAGGAGAGGCUUGGACUCGCCUUUGUGUCCGAGAGCGGUUAAGAUAGCCUCAAAACUGUCUUCAAUUUAUACAGACUGGCUUUUAAAAUUACAUGAACUGUAGGUCACAUUCCAAAUUUAAGAACUAUGCGCUCAUAAUUGCAGUUACCUCAUAGGAUUAAGAAAUCCUUCGCUGGAGAGCAGAGCGCGCUCUGCGUUUGCCUGGGUGGGUCUUGGAGGCGUGGCCUGGGUACUAUAUAUGGUCGCUUGCGGCAUCCUCUCCGGAGCUGGUCCCCGCUCUGUUUCCUGGUCACCAUGAACUAAGCGGCUUUCUUCCUCCACACCCUUCUGCCGUGAUAUUCCUGCCUUGCAGCCAGCUGGUAAUGGGGUGCAUUUCUCCAAGCUGUGAGCUACCUUGAACAGAACUCUUAACUUAAUCCAGAGCUGCAGUCGGCGGAGUGCACCCACGGGGAGAUGAUUCCUCAUGAAGCGCCUGGAUCCCCUGCUGGAAUCAAAUGUGACUUUCCGUUUAUCAGACUAAAAUCAGAGCCAGCCAGACAGUGAGACAGCCACCGUGGAGGGGGGACGGCGAAAAAUGAAAUCCAACCAAGAACGGAGCAACGAAUGCCUGCCACCCAAGAAGCGCGAGAUCCCCGCCACCAGCCGGCCCUCCGAAGAGAAGGCCACCGUCCUGCCCAGCGACAACCACCAGGCGGAGAGUGUGGCAUGGCUCCCCAGCAACCCUGGUGCCCAGGGCCACGGGAGCGGGCGGCACGGGCCGGCGGGGACUUCGGUGGAGCUUGCUUUACAGCAGGGAAUAGGUUUACACAAAUCGCUGUCCACGGGGCUCGACUACUCACCGCCCAGUGCUCCCAGGUCGGUCCCAGCGGCCACCACACUGCCCACGGCGUACCCUCCCCCACAGUCGGGGACCCCAGUGUCCCCCGUGCAGUAUGCUCACCUGCCUCACACCUUCCAGUUCAUCGGGUCCUCCCAGUAUAGUGGACCCUACGCCGGCUUCAUCCCUUCACAGCUGAUCUCGCCCUCAGCCAACCCGGUCACCAGUGCAGUGGCCUCCGCUGCAGGGGCCACCACUCCAUCCCAGCGCUCCCAGAUGGAGGCCUAUUCCACACUGCUGGCCAACAUGGGCAGCCUGAGCCAGACACCAGGACACAAGGGCGAGCCGCCACAGCAGCCGCCGCACCUCGGCCGGGCCCCGGGGCUCAUCACUCCGGGGUCCCCCCCACCUGCCCAGCAGAACCAGUACAUCCACAUUUCCGGCUCUCCGCAGAGCACCGGCCGCACGGCCUCUCCCCCGGCCAUCCCGGUCCACCUCCACCCCCAUCAGACGAUGAUCCCGCACACACUCACCCUGGGGCCCUCGUCCCAGGUGGUCGUGCAGUACACCGACUCCGGGGGCCACUUCGUCCCUCGGGAGCCCACCAAGAAAACCGAGAGUGGCCGGCUGCAGCAGGCCAAGGAGGUGCUCAAUGGGGAGAUGGAGAAGAGCCGGCGAUACGGGGCUCCGUCCUCGACCGACCUGGGCCUGAGCAAGGCCGGCAGCAAGUCGGUACCUCACCCCUACGAGCCCAGGCAUGUGGUGGUCCACCCGAGCCCCGCGGACUACAGCGGCCGAGAGGCCUCGGGGGUGCGGGCCUCUGUGAUGGUCCUGCCCAACAGCUCCACGCCCACGGCCGACCUGGAGGUGCAGCAGGCCACCCACCGAGAGGCCUCCCCGUCCACCCUCAACGACAAGGGGGGCCUGCACUUAGGGAAGCCGAGCCACAGGUCCUACGCACUGUCACCCCACACGGUCAUCCAGACCUCACACAGCGCUUCGGAGUCUCUGCCGGUCGGACUGCCCGCCACGGCCUUCUACGCAGGCACACAGCCCCCUGUCAUCGGCUACCUGAGCGGCCAGCAGCAAGCAAUCACCUACGCUGGCAGCCUGCCCCAGCACCUGGUCAUCCCGGGCACCCAGCCCCUGCUCAUCCCAGUGGGCGGCACCGACAUGGAGGCGUCGGGGGCAGCCUCUGCCAUUGUCACGUCGUCUCCCCACUUCGCUGCAGUGCCUCACACCUUUGUCACCACAGCCCUGCCCAAGACCGAGAACUUCAGCCCCGAGGCCCUGGCCACCCAGGCCGCCUACCCAGCGAUGGUGCAGGCCCAGAUCCAUCUGCCUGUGGUCCAGUCGGUGACCUCCCCAGCGGCGGCCGCACCGCCCACCCUGCCGCCCUACUUCAUGAAAGGCUCCAUCAUCCAGCUGGCCAAUGGGGAGCUGAAGAAGGUGGAGGACUUGAAAACAGAAGACUUCAUCCAGAGUGCGGAGAUUAGCAAUGACCUCAAGAUUGACUCCAGCACCGUGGAAAGGAUCGAAGACAGCCACAGCCCAGGUGUCGCCAUCAUACAGUUUGCUGUCGGGGAGCACCGAGCACAGGUCAGCGUCGAAGUGCUGGUAGAGUAUCCUUUUUUUGUGUUUGGACAGGGCUGGUCAUCCUGCUGUCCGGAGAGGACCAGCCAGCUCUUUGAUUUGCCGUGUUCCAAACUCUCGGUGGGGGACGUCUGCAUCUCGCUGACCCUCAAGAACCCGAAGAACGGCUCUGUUAAAAAGGGCCAGCCCGUGGAUCCCGCCAGCGUCCUGCUGAAGCACUCAAAGCCCGACAGCCUGGCCAGCGGCAGGCACAGGUACGCGGAGCAGGAGAAUGGCAUCAGUCAGGCAAGCGGCCAGCUGCUGUCCGAGAACGGCGAACUGAAGUUCCCAGAAAAAAUAGGAUUUCCCGCAGCACCCUUCCUCACCAAAAUAGAACCCAGCAAGCCUGCGGCCACGAGGAAGAGAAGGUGGUCAGCCCCGGAGACCCGCAAACUGGAGAAGUCGGAAGACGAGCCACCCUUGACUCUUCCCAAGCCUUCUCUCAUUCCUCAGGAGGUGAAGAUCUGCAUCGAAGGCCGCUCUAACGUGGGCAAGUAGGGGUCGAGCGGGCAAGGAGCUGUCCCUUACCAUUUGUAUCCAGAUUACUGUACUGUAGGCUGAAUAAUACAGUAUUUACAUGUUAUCCUCUUAUUUUAGGUUUCUGUUCUAACCUUGUCAUUAGAGUUACAGCAGGUGUGUCGCAGGAGACUGGUGCAUAUGCUUUGUCCGCGAGGUCUGGCGAGAAGCAGGCGAAUGGAGGGUGGGGCAGGGCAGUGGCCAUCUGGGCUCCAGGCAUCCUGGGUGGCACAAAUGUGGCUUCACCAGUGCCUGCCUUCUCUAGCAGCACCAGGGCCUCCGAUGGGCACCACGUCCCUCUAGUUUCCAGGGAAAGUUCAGCGGGAAGGGGCCUGCAGGGUGCCGUGGUGGCCAGCCAGGGUCUCUCUUUCUCUGCCUCCGUCAGCCUCGGUCUCUCGCUUUGAGCAUGGGAUUGGGGUAAGGCAGUGUCCUCUUGGGGUCCCCCUGUGCAAAAUCAGCAACAGGAACCCAGCUUCAGGGCAUCGUAGGGAGACAUCAGAUGGCAAAUGGAAAGCUAACUGUUUCAAAGAACAUUUUUCUCUCCAACAUAUUUUACAAUAAAAGCAACUUUUAAUCCUAUAGAUAUAUAUUUCCCCCUAUGGGGCCUGACUGCACUGAUUAUAUAUAUAUAUAUAUAAAUUUUUUAAAAACAGAAAGAGCAACUGCCACAUGUGGAAUUUCAUUUCUGCUUUACUAGUGCAGUGAUAUAUAUCUCCAGGGUGUUGCGGUGGGCAGGGAGGGAGGCCCCAGCUCGGCUCAUGUCACCCCCAUCAGGGGUGGGGAUGGCGGGAACGCCCACGCUGUUUUCUGUGCAGUGUUAGGAAAAUCAAUCAGGUUAUUACAUUGACUUCACUCCCAAGAGGUGAAUGCAAACUGCCCUUCAGCGAGAGCCGCGGAGCUCUCUUGAGUUGAGUUUGCAAAAUUUUUUUGUCUUUUAACUCUAGUACUGUUUAUAGUUCAUGACUAUGGACAACCCGGGUGCCACCUUUUUCAGAUUCCAGUGUGACGUGAGGAAUUAGAUUCUAAAGAUGAGCAUAGAUUACUACCUUUAAGCACUUACGAUGCUAUUCUCACACUUUACUACGACGCAUCUGGGUCUGUCAUUCAACAAGUACUGUAUCUCACUUUAAACUCUUGGGGAAGGAAAAAUGAAAAAUAAGUUGCUUUCUGUUUUUUUUUUUUCAACACUGUAACUACAUUUCAGCUUUGCAGAGUUGCUCACGAGCAAGAUAUUGAAAGUUUCAAUGUGGUUUAAAGAGAUGAAUGUGAAUUAUGAAACCAGUAUGUGACAAUAAAUGACCACCAAGUACUACCUGACAGGAGGCACUUGUCACUUUGAUUUUGGAGAAAAGGCAUAUGCAGGGUUGGCAGAGAAACCGAGAGGAAAGGGAUGGAGGAAAGAAUACUCAUUUUUGUCCAGUGUUUUUAAGAUGAACUUUUAAAAGAACCUUGCAAUUUGCACAUCUUGAGUUUAUAAUUUGUGUGAUAUUCCUGCAGUUUUUUAUCCAAUAACAUUGUGGGAAAGGCUUGGGGGACUGAUCGAGCAUAAAUAAAUGUAGCAAAAUUACUUUCUAACCUGCCUAAACUCUAGGCCAUUUUAUAAGGUUAUGUUCCUUUCAAGAUUCAUUUUGGUCUUCUUACUAGAUCUGUCAUGAAAAGCCAGGUCUUAGCAGGACAACUCUGAAAAUUUUCUUCAGAUUCAUUGAGAGAGUUUUCCAUAAAGACAUUUAUAUGUAAGCAAGUUUUUUUUUCUUUUUGAAAAAUAAAACAAUUACUUUAUUAUUGUUAUGUUACUUUCAGAAUGACUUUUUUUUUCCUAUUUGAAAUCAAAUCCAGAUUUAAUAUUUGGUACAAACCCAGAAAGGGUAUUUUAUAAAGUUUAAACCUUUCAUUCCCAGAGAUCUGAAAUAUUAUUUGUGGGUUUUGAGUACAUCUUAAAGUGCUUUAACUACAAAAGUUUUAAAAGUAGGGAAAGUUUUACGGUAUUCAUACUUGGGUGGCUGCAACUAACCUGAACAAACAAUUUUUUGUCUACCACUGAAAAUAUUACUGCAUUUCACAGAUUUAAAAAGCAAUCCUAGUAUCAAUCCACAUGUUACUUGACUAUCCUAAUAUUCAUUUACAUUUUGCUCUCACCAGGAGUAAAGAUUUUUCUGAACCAUUUUCUGGGGUGUACCAAAAACAUUUAGGUUUAGAACUGUUAGGCUCCUUCUUUGACUUCUCUCUAAUUUCAUUACCCUCUCAGCAGGCUAGCAGAGCUGGGUGGGCCCAUUCUUGCGGUCACACUGCUUAUUUUAGUGCUAUCUUUUUUAAAUGUUUCUGUUUAGAGAACUUGCUUAAUCUUCCAUAUAUUCUGCUCAGGGCACUUGCAAUUAUUAGAUUUAUUUUUUCUUUUUGUUUUUAACCUUUGAUGGUAAGAGGAGUACGGGGCUGCCACAUAGAUUUUUUUCUCAUUCAUACCACUAUUUACAGCCACUUGUGUGGGCUCAGAAAAACACACGCCACCUUCUGGCUUACUUUGAGUAGUGAACUGACUGCAUCCACAAAACCAACACUAACACGGGAAAACACAUGGUUUGGAGCAAUAGGAACAUCAUCAUUUUCAUGGUUCUAUUUCAGGUAUAGGAAUUAUAAAAUCAUGGGUUCUUUGCAAACAUUUCUCACAUUUCAUUCUUUUGCUUUGUUAGCAUGUGCAAUACUUUCUGUGCCAAUAGUCUGACCAGUGUGCUAUAGAGUUAAAGCUCAUUCCCUUUUGGCUUUUGUCCUUGUUCAGUUGGUUGAACUUCCCAGUUCUGGCUGGGGAAGGGCUGGAGCCCUCCUGCCUGCCUGUCCUCUGUCAUGAUGCUGUGCUCCAGGGCAGGGAGCCUGCAGGAGCCCUGGUAUCUGUCACCAUGUUGCAGAAAGAGCCAGCAAAGAAGACGUAAGGGAACAGCCAGUUCCCCAUCACCCCGCAAAGUAGUAAAUGUGGAGUGUGGAGAGGAAGGAGGCUCGAUUUUUAACAUACACUUGGGAGAAAUGUAGGCUGGAACCAACUCAUUUUCCACAGUCUUUGCCCCAAGUGGGCAGCCCCUCCUCAGGUGAGGUCUGUGUCCCAGACUUGGGACGUGGGCACCAGGUAUGACCUCGUGUGCGUGUGCAUGUGCAUGCAUUCUGCACAUGCCAGCCAGGGGCCAUGGAGGGGGAUCAUUCUGGCAACCAUGGUCACCACUCCCUUGUGGCAGCUUUCAACUGCAAACAGGAAAAAUCUGCAGAGGGCAGGAAUCUUCUGCUGUUGGACACUGGUGAGCCCAGGGCUCCCGAAGCAGCCUGUCAUCGCGUCUGUGUAGCAAAUCUAAUAGGACAGGGGUAGAAAUUCUUCAGUGCUGUUCAGCCUACCAGGAUCAGCCACGUGCCUCCGUACUGUGUCCUCUUUGCAAUAUUAACUGACAGCUGUCUUUUCAUUCUCCUUUCUUUACUGUGUUCCAUUUUUUUAACUACUAACAGGCCUUUUGCGUUUACAACAAAACACAAUCACCAUGAAAUUAGUCAGGGCGAAAAGAAAAAAAACCAACAAAUAAGAACCUCUCUUUAUAGGGAUUUCUAAAUAUAUAAAAUGUCUGUUCCUUAGAAUGUUUAACUUGAGAGAAUUAUUUCAGUUUGUCUGGGCCACAUUAGGGGCUGAGGUGGGGGAGGGAGGGACACAGACAGAUGCCACUUACCUCAAAUCUUCAAAGUGGAAAUCCAAAUUGGAUGUUCAUUUGGACUUUCAGGAUAAUUUUCUAUGUUGGUAGAAUUUUGGUUUGCCCCAGCUCUCCCAGUCUGGUUCGGGAUGAUCUGAUCUUGGGGGUGGUAGCGAUCCCAUUUCUAGCUCAGAAUAGUGACCCUGUGUGUUUUCUGUUAGGUGAGUGUGUUGGGCUCUCCCCUCCCCCACCAGGCAGUGGCAGCAUCCCUCCUCUCCCCUACAAAGGAACUCUGCGGAACCUUACACCUCUUACUCAGGGACGGGGCUGGUGUGUGUGUGUGGAACACUGAGGUGUCCAGCAGCAGCACUUUGACUGCUCUGGGGUAGGGUUGUACAAUUUCAAGGAAUGUUUGGAUUUCCUGCAUCUUGUGGAUUACUCUUUAGAUACUGCAUAGAUUGCAAUAUAAUGCUGCAUGUUCAAAUGAACAGUAGCUCCUAGUAAUCGUAAAAAUCCACUCUUUGCACAUAGUUUUGAUCUUUACUGAAAUCUGUUGCCAAAAUUUAUUUUUGUUGUUGUAGCUUUGGAUUUUGUUUUUUAAAGGAAACAAUUGACAAUACUUUUUAACAUCCAUGACUACUAAGGAAACCUAUUGCUUUCAUAAAGUGAAAACAAUCAGAUGCUUUCGAAGACACUAAUACCCUGCUAUUUCAGACAUGGGUGAGGAAGCCGCGUUCCUGGGACAGAAAGCCAGGCUCCCUGAGCUGUGCUGGUUGUCAUGGCUACUGUUUCCUGAACCACAGACAGCUCCACAGACUGGCCUGUUCUCUCCCGAAACCCUUGGCGCUUCCAAUGUCCUAGUCACCCUCGAAAUUCCAGGUGAAGACGGCCAGCAGUCUCAGUGGCCUGGAUCGUUUCUUCAGUGGUGAAAUGAAUGACAAGAGAAUUACACUUUUUUGUUGUUGUUGUUGCUGUUGCUUUUAAAGUGGAGUGGAGGUCUUUGCUUCCACAUUUGUGUUUUUUACCCAGAAUUUCUGAAAUAGAGAAUUUAAGAACACAUCAAGUAAUAAAUAUACAGAGAAUAUACUUUUUUAUAAAGCACAUGCAUAUGCUAUAUUGUGUUGGAUUGGUUUCUACUCUUUUCCACGGACAGUGUUGUGUGUGUUGAUAGGGAAACUCCAAAUGACUUGUACACCUCUACUCUGGAGCUGAGAUUUUUCUUUUUCUUUUUUUUUUUAACAUAGAUGACCUCGCUUCAAAUGUUACCUUACUGGUAGAACCUUUUCUUGUAGCAUUAUCCCUUGUGGGAAUUUUUUUUUUAAUAUUCACCUAAUUUGAAAGCUGAAGAGAAAAAUUUGAAGUGCUCACUUUGAGGAGUACAGGUAAUGUUUUUAAAGAAUUGCACAAAAGAAAAAUGAAUGUUGAGAUAAUUCUGUUUGAAAGAUAUGGAUUUGUUGAAAUGAGUCUCAUACUUUGUAAAAUCAAAUAAGCAGAGGUUAAAAGUUACAUGUUUUUUUUUUAUAUCUAGAAAUUGUCACAUCUAUAAAUGAUCAGAUUUAUAUGGUUAUGGCCCAGAAGAAUUGCUACAUAAAAGGCUCUUAAACUAUACCUAUCCUUCCUGUUAAGUUUUUGUUACACAUCACCCUCGCUGGAGGGAGGGGAACCCUGUAUUCUGCUAUUUGAGAAUACUGCUCAUUCCUAGGCUAAAAAUACUUCUUGGAGCUCCCUUCUUAAUCUAAACUCCUAAGCCAUUGCAACUUCUUUUUCUUCAGAGAUGUUUGAUAUGUUUAGCACUUCCUGUUCUCUAAAUCCAAAGAAUAUAACCUGAACAUGAAGUGAUUUUAAAAGGGAUCCUACCUACCAAUCAAACAAGACUUGUGGAGACAAAAAACAGUUUAGCCUUCCUCCCUCCACACACACCUCGUUUAAAUGGGGGGCGGCAUGAUUUUCAAUUAAAUUCUUCAUUUUACUUUUUGAUUUUCCUUUUAAUAGAGGUCAGAAAUAAAUGUGGAGCAAUUUCUCUGACGCAUCAUAUUCCUGUCCAAACUUGCAAGUUGGGCAGUGGCACCUAGACAGCUGUGGGGAACCCGCAGUUCUUAAAUUCAGAAUUUCCUCCCCUCCCUUGUCGCCAGUGCAAUUGUUCCAGUGGUUAACAUUCAUCUGUACAAGGGUGGGUGGGUGGGAAGGAUGGCUUCAGUUUUUCAGGUCCCCAAUUAAUGACCUGCAUACAAAUGGUCUGACUAUUAAAAUUAAGUGCAUUUGGCCAAUAGUAUCUGUACAAUAACAGUCUUAAGAAUUCCCAUGACUUUUCUUAUCAGAAAGGAAUCACGUCUUCCACUGCAGAUAAAUUGGAGGCUUCACCCACCCAUGUUUUUCUUUGCCUUUAGUUUGUCUGUCCAUUCGCUGUCUGGAUGGCCAAUGAGCCUGUCUUUUCUGUGGCCAAUCUGAAGGCCUUCGUGGGAAGCGUUGUUUACAGUAAUCCUUACCAAGAUAACAUACUGUCCUCCAGAAUACCAAGUUGUGGUGAACCUGGCUAAGAGCCGUCGUUUUGAGAUCUGUUUCCAAGAAGGUCAGUGGAUAGGUUUUCUGUACCACCUCGUAUUUAAGUUAUUCUCUGGUCCAGGAGUGGGGUGAAGUCUUUAGUUGGUGAAUGCUAACUUGAGACUUGUGCAUCCGGGUCCCGUGACUACUGCCCCCGUGGCCAGGUUUCUGCCUCUUCAGCCUGCACUGCUCAUCAGCAAACCCAGUUAGCAUCCAACGGAAAGGAGGUUCCAACAGCAUCCUGUCAGUAUUUGGGGUCGCCUUCAGAUAAGACAGAGUCCUCAUUUCUAGCCAGUGGGGUCUGGGCUCCAGAGCCGUCUCAAUAUUUGUCCCAACAGAUGAUCAACAUCAGAAAAUUCCAAGACUCCCAAUCGAAUGCCUCCCACAGGCCAAGGGAAAAUAGACACCAAACUUGGGUUGAGGGCACUACCAGACUGGCCUAGCCAGUAUGGAGAACUAGGGAAGGAAUGAUGUUUUGCACCUUAUUGAAAAGAAAAAUUUAAGUGCAUACAUAGUUAAGAGCUUUUAUUGUGACAGGAGAACUUUUUUCCAUAUGCGUGCAUACUCUCUGUAAUUCCAGUGUAAAAUAUUGUACUUGCACUAGCUUUUUUAAAACAAAUAUUAAAAAAAUGGAAGAAUUCAUAUUCUAUUUUCUAAUCGUGGUGUGUCUAUUUGUAGGAUACACUCGAGUCUGUUUAUUGAAUUUUAUGGUCCCUUUCUUUGAUGGUGCUUGCAGGUUUUCUAGGUAGAAAUUAUUUCAUUAUUAUAAUAAAACAAUGUUUGAUUCAAAAUUUGAACAAAAUUGUUUUAAAUAAAUUGUCUGUAUACCAGUACAAGUUUAUUGUUUCAGUAUACUCGUACUAAUAAAAUAACAGUGCCAAUUGCAAA